AUGGCGCAAUACAAGGGCACCAUGCGGGAGGCUGGCAGGGCCAUGCACCUGAUCAAGAAGCGGGAGAAGCAGAAGGAACAGAUGGAGGUGCUGAAGCAGCGCAUCGCUGAAGAGACCAUCAUGAAGUCGAAGGUGGACAAAAAGUUCUCGGCUCACUACGAUGCCGUGGAGGCGGAGCUCAAGUCCAGCACGGUGGGCCUGGUCACCCUGAACGACAUGAAGGCCAAGCAGGAGGCCCUCCUGAGGGAACGCGAGAUGCAGCUGGCCAAGAAGGAACAGCUGGAAGAGCGCCGGCUGCAGCUGGAGUUGCUGCGCGAAAAGGAGCGCAGGCUGGAGCGUAAGCGCAAGAUUUCCAACCUGUCCUUCACGGUCGGCGAUGGCGAUGACCGCGGCGAUGACCUCAAUGAAGGCAGCAUGGCCGAGGCCAGCAAGAGCAAGAAGAACCUGGGCAAGAAUCCCGACGUGGACAUGAGCUUCCUGCCAGAUCGUGACCGCGAGGAGGAGGAGAACCGGCUCCGAGAGGAGCUGCGCAAGGAAUGGGAGGCCAAGCGCGAGAAGGUGAAGAGCGAGGAGAUGGAGAUCACCUUCAGCUAUUGGGACGGCUCGGGGCACCGGCGCACCAUGCGCAUGAACAAAGGCAGCACAGUGCAGCAGUUCCUGAAAAAGGCGCUGCAGGGGCUGCGCAAGGAUUUCGGCGAGCUGCGCUCGGCCGGCGUGGAGCAGCUCAUGUACAUCAAGGAGGACCUCAUCCUGCCCCAUUACCACACCUUCUACGAUUUCAUCAUCGCCAAGGCCAGGGGCAAGAGCGGUCCGCUCUUCAACUUCGACGUGCACGAUGACGUGAGGCUGCUCAGCGAUGCCACCAUGGAGAAGGACGAGUCUCACGCAGGCAAAGUGGUUCUGCGGAGCUGGUAUGAGAAGAACAAGCACAUCUUCCCCGCCAGCCGCUGGGAGCCCUACGAUCCCGAGAAGAAGUGGGACAAGUACACCAUCCGAUGAUGGGCACGCCAAGGCCCCUGGCGUCCUUCUGCACGUGCCAGGAAA